AGCUAAUACAUACCAAGAGCUUACUGCAUAAUCUAGCUGCUGUUCCAGACAGUAGUAACCAAUGAGAAAACUGUAGAGAGUAGCUGCAGCUUUUAGUAAUACAACGUCAAGGAGAAGAAAGUGGGGGCAGUACCGAAACUUACGUACAGUACCGUCGUUAGUACAGCAUUGACACUGACGGCCUCCUUCAGGAAAUACAAACCUUGUGAGGUUUUAAUUACUAAUGCUACAGAGUGGCGUUUUUCCGAGGACUGUGUUCCACUUGGUCUGUCUCUGAUGGCUAUUAACUAAUAACCGUUCUCAUUCUGCUGCUGUGGGAAAUAAGCAACAACGGAAAAGUAAUCGAUAAUCUUAGAGCAUAACUCAAAGGCCAGAGCAGCCAAGGAGGUGGAAGAGUCCCGAGCCCUGCCUUCUCCACAGCACCCCCAAAACCCCACGGCGGGGCAGAGCGCCUGGUAGGGUAAGAGCGGCCGCCAGCGUUUCCCGCGGGGCGCCGGGGGCGGCCCCGGGACUGGGGGCGGUGCCCUGGGAGCUGUGUGGCCGGCGUGCGCGCUCCGCCGGGGUCCUGGAGGCCUCUGGGCGCGUGCGCGGGCGGUCGCUACCUGCGGCCGAGCCAGGGAGCGAGAGGGCGCAGAGGGCAGCGGGCUUGGGCAGCAUGAGGCCCGGAGGGGAGCGGCCCGUGGAAGGGGGCGCGUGCAAUGGCCGCUCCGAGCUGGAGCUACUGAAGCUGCGCUCGGCGGAGUGCAUCGACGAGGCGGCCGAGCGGCUGGGGGCCCUGAGCCGCGCGAUCUGGAGCCAGCCCGAGCUGGCCUACGAGGAGCACCAUGCCCACCGCGUGCUGACGCACUUCUUCGAGCGGGAGCCGCCCGCGGCCUCCUGGGCAGUGCAGCCGCACUACCAGCUGCCCACGGCCUUCCGCGCCGAGUGGGAGCCGUCGGAGGCCCGGGCGCCGAGCGCCACGCCACGCCCGCUGCACCUGGGCUUCCUCUGCGAGUACGACGCGCUGCCCGGCAUCGGCCACGCCUGCGGCCACAACCUCAUCGCCGAGGUCGGGGCGGCGGCCGCGCUGGGCGUGAGGGGGGCCUUAGAGGGCCUCCCCAGGCCGCCUCCGCCCGUGAAGGUAGUUGUCCUGGGAACCCCUGCAGAAGAAGAUGGUGGUGGCAAAAUUGAUUUAAUUGAAGCAGGGGCUUUUACAAAUCUUGAUGUUGUUUUUAUGGCCCAUCCAUCACAAGAGAAUGCUGCUUAUCUACCAGAUAUGGCUGAACAUGAUGUGACUGUGAAAUACUAUGGAAAAGCAUCUCAUUCUGCUUCUUAUCCCUGGGAAGGAUUAAAUGCAUUAGAUGCUGCUGUGCUGGCCUAUAACAAUCUGUCUGUGUUCAGACAGCAAAUGAAACCAACCUGGAGAGUUCAUGGUAUAAUAAAAAAUGGUGGUGUAAAACCCAAUAUCAUUCCCUCUUAUUCUGAAUUAAUCUAUUACUUCCGUGCACCCUCAAUGAAAGAACUUCAAGUUUUGACCAAAAAGGCAGAAGAUUGCUUCAGAGCUGCAGCUUUGGCUUCAGGGUGCACAGUGGAAAUUAAAGGUGGAGCACAUGAUUAUUACAAUGUUCUUCCCAAUAAGAGCCUAUGGAAAGCCUACAUGGAAAAUGGAAGAAAGCUAGGAAUAGAAUUCAUUUCAGAAGAUACAAUGUUGAAUGGCCCUUCAGGAUCUACGGAUUUUGGAAAUGUUACUUUUGUGGUUCCUGGAAUUCAUCCAUAUUUUCACAUUGGAUCUAAUGCCUUGAAUCAUACUGAACAGUACACUGAAGCUGCUGGGUCACAGGAAGCUCAGUUCUACACUUUGCGGACGGCCAAAGCUCUGGCAAUGACGGCACUGGAUGUUAUUUUUAAACCAGAGUUACUGGAAGGAAUCAGAGAGGACUUUAAACUGAAACUUCAAGAAGAACAGUUUGUAAAUGCAGUAGAAUAAAAGGAAGACUUAGGGGCCACUUAUAAAUCAAGAAGACGUGAUGAUUUUUUUCUUUUAAUCUCUUUUAAUGAAGGCAUGCUUGUUUUUUAAUCUUAAAGGAGUAAAAUUCUUUUUACCUGAUAAGUGAGGACAGGGUGUGGAGAAAACAUAUUACCUCAUAUCUAAAGUGAAAAUUUUUGCAAAUCCGUACUUGAUAGGAUUAUGAUAUUACAGGAGCUGGUAUGUGAUGCCAUUCUUUCUUUUUUUUUCCCCCGCAACCACUCACCUUCACAGUAGUGAUACUAUUUCUUAACCUGGAGGAUACAUGGCAUCAUUUUUAUAAAAUGUGUUAAUAAACCUUUUUAUAAGCCUUAAAUGUUAUGUGUAUUUUUAAAAGCUUAAGAGAUUUCAAACCUUAUAUUCAGAACUGACACCCAUGAGAGUGUUUUGUGGUAUAGGGUGGUAAACUUGUUCUCUAAUCGUAUAUUAAUUCCUCUACAAGAUUGUAUAUUUGAAGCCAGUGUCUUUCUUUUUUUUUUUUUUAAGAUAGAGUCUCGCUCUGUUGCCCAGGCUGAAGUGUAGUGGCACAAUCUCGGCUCACUGCAACCUCUGCCUCCCAGGUUCAAGUGAUUCUCCUGCCUCAGCCUCCCAAGUAGCUGGGAUUACAGGUGUGUGGCACCAUGCCCAGCUAAUUUUUGUAUUUUUAGUAGAGACGGCAUUUCACCAUGUUGGCCAGGCUGGUCUCGAACUCCUGACUUCAGGUGAUGCACCUGCCUCGGCCUCCUAAAGUGCUGGGAUUACAGGCAUGAGCCACCGCACCCGGCCUGCCAGUGUCUUUUUAAUACACGUGUGUUGGUAUUUUUAAAUUGUUACAGUAUCUAGCAUAUUGCUUACUCUGAAUAUUCAGUACUUUUUGAAUAAGCAAAUAUUGCUUCCUUGCUUGGAAUCAUCAGAGUUUAAAGUAGCUUCGUGGAUGGACCAUGAUCCUAAGAUGAGUUUUAAUUUUGUGUUUAUAGUCAUCUCUUGUACAACCUGGAGAAGAAAAGAUAUACUUACUACUUUGCUUCAGGUACACAUAAGAAAACCUCUUUUUUAAAAAAAUUUUUAUUUUUUUACAUAAUAGAGACAGGGGCUCGCUGUAGCUUCCAGGCUGGCCUCAAACUCCUGGGCUCAAGCAAUCCUCCUGUCUUGGCCUCCCAAAGUGUUGGGAUUUCAGGUAUGAGACACCACAGCUGCCCAUUUUUGCUUGGUUUUUUAAUGGGCAGGUUCUUGCUCUCCCAGGCUGGAGUGCAGUGGUGUAAUCACAGCUCACUGCAGUCUCGAACUCCUGGACUCAAGCAGUCCUCCCACCUCAGCCUCCUAAAGCACUGGGAUUACAGGCUUGAGGCACUGCACGUGGCCCUGACUAUUUUUUAAAAAGGUUAGGCUUAGUGCAAAGUUUAAAGUUAUAUGAUUCUUAAAAUACUGAAUUAGUUUCUAAACUAAACUAGAGGUAUAGGUGGACCUGCUUGAGGUAUCUUUGUUUUUAUGGAACGUUUUUAUUACAUGCCUUUAUAAUUUUUCAUUGUUCACACCCUGUACUGAAACUUUUUUCUCAAAUACCAACUCUUGGCUAUGUUAAAUUUGUAGACUUUAAAAGAUGUUAUCUAAAUUAAUGGUUUAAAUAUACAAAUUGAGAAUAUUUUCUUUUUAGUGGCAAUUUUAAAAGCAGGCCUUAAUAUGGGACCUGCUUUUAAAGUAAAAUAUGUGGUACUAUGAAUUACUAAAUUGCUAUAUACCAUGUAAUAGUGAGUAUAGCUAAUAUUUAGUAUGCCUUUUAAAAAUUUUGGACUGCUUUUCGGUUUUAACAAAUUCUCCACAUUAUGUGAACUGCUCAAGAAAUUUUCCCUUUUUAAUUGCCUCUAUAGCACUCAUAAGAGCUAGGGCAUUAGGAUAAACUAGAAUAUUUUAUGUUUAUGAAUACUUGUAUAAACUUAAAAGUGUUUUGAUUUCCCACAAUUUCCCAAAGGAAUGUUUAUUUAUUAAGAGUUGUGUUGAUAAUUUAACUGUUACAAUUUCAGCAGUUGAAUUCGGUGAACAUUGGUUGAGGAGUGCCUAUUUCUAAGCACUGGGUGUAAGAAGAAAAGAAACUUGCAAAAGGAAGAGCUAAGAUUAACAUAAUUUCUUUGGUUUUUCUAUUGCUUGUUAUUAUUAUGUAAAAACUGGGUGGCAGUUCACAAGGAAGAUUGUUGUAACAGAAUAGUGACAACCAAUAGUUUUUUGAUCAUUAAAUCAAAUUUUGUAAACAGUGGCAGGAGCAUGGACUUAAAACAAGGCUUGCUUAUUUGGUUUUGUCAAAAUUUUACGAAAAUAUAUGAUAUAUAUUUAUACUAAAAGUAUAUAAUCCUUAGAUUUAGAAAAGCAAUCAGUUAAUGUCUUUAGCACACUAAAGCAGUAUUAAACACAGGUACAAGUUGGAAAUUGUAGAAAACUGAAAGAAAACAAAAGACAAAAUGUCUAUGGUAGGGAAUAAAAGAGUUUAAGAUAUUAUGUAAAAUUAUGUGUAUUUUCUUCUCUUUUACAUAAAUUGUUUGUGAAAAGUGUGCUCAACUUUUUUACAAGAGUGAUAUUAAUUUGGAUUUAUUUUUCAAUAUAAUUUGGAGACGCUUUGUUAUCCAAAUAAAAUUGAUGAGUUUCUGUGCCUGUAAAAAAAAAAAAAAAAAAAAAAGACACUGUUGCAUGCCCCAGAAAGCUUGUGGUGGGUGGUAAGUUCUCACGAGAUUUAUUUAUCUGAGCAACAUUGGGACUGAGGGAACAUCUGAAAGCUAUCAUCUUGAAAAUUUUUGAGGAAGUGUUUCUGAAAUAUUUAAAAAUACUUAAGUCAGUCAUUUUGAACAGAAGAAAUUGAUGCAAAAAGUUUUUUUUUUUAAGGAUGAUUGUCUAAUUUUGUAAUAUGUUGUUUUUUAAAAACCUGUCUGAUGGUGUUUUAUACAUUUCUAACUUUUUACCUGAGUUAUCUCUUUAGUCUUUUGGAAAAUAUCCUACACAAUACUAACCUUUAAAACUAUCAAAUUUUUGUUGUAAGAUAAAUGUUAUCUUUGUACUAGAUAGCAACCCUUUAUAAGGUUGUAAGGUAUGAUAAACUGCUUAUUUUUUUACAUACUUCAUAGCAAGCGUUUUGCAGUCCAAUUAUAUAGUUGAGGAUGGUAUAUUUUGAUAUGUAUGAAGUUAAUAUUUUCAAGUAAGCAAUCAGUCUACUACCAUCAGAUUAUAAGCUUUUUUGUAAUAAUAGGUACAUAAAAUGUGUAUGAAAAAUCUAUAAUAAACAAGUUUAUCUGAUAG